AUGCAAUCGGAUGCCUCCGCAGUCCCUGGCCUGGGCAGCAGUGCCGAUGAUGACAACCGUAGCCCAGUCGGCGUCGGUAUCGGUGACGGCACCGGCCCCCGAAGCGAUUCCUCCCCCGCCUCCUUAUCGUCCGUGUCGUUAACAUGUCCCGAGUGCGGACAGACCUUUCGCCGGCGCGAGCACCUGGUCCGACAUCUGGACCGCCACUCCGGACGUCGGUCUUACACAUGCCCCGUCUGCAAAACAGCUUUCUCUCGGAGAGACACAUUGAAACGUCAUGUCGGGACCCAUGGCACUGCAGCUCUUGCUGAAUGGAUGCGAGACAAUCCUCGCUUCUCACGAGACCAGCAUUACCGUGCGUGCGAAGCGUGUGCAAAGGCUAAGCAGCGCUGCGAUGGACGCAGACCUGAUCCGUGCGACAAAUGUAUAAACAAAGGUCGUCGUUGUGUAUACCAGCCAAAUCCUAGCGACGAAGAGCCUGAAACUAUUGUCGUUGCACAGCCUGCGGCCGAUGAUGGUGUAUCGGCUACCAACUCUUCGCCCUCGCAGCAGUUGCAGCCUUUGACUCCACUGUCUUGUGUUCCAAAUCCGGUCCAACCUUGGAUUGAGCCAGACGUGUCAUGGGAUAGCCUCUUGACCUCCGCGCAGUUUCUGCUUCCCUUCUCAACAGUGCCCUCUCUUGAAGCUGGAUCGUUGGCCGAUUUCGGUUUUGGAGAUGCUGUCUUUCCUGCCACUGGUCAACUUGCAAACGACUAUGAUGUGCAGAGUGCCUUUGGUGCUGAAGGAACACAGCGAGAGGUUGUGGAUGCCGCCCGUGCUUUCACUGGACCCGACGAUCUGACAGCGGAGGAAGAAGACAUCCUGAUCGCGGAGAACAUUCCACACGUACCCCCCCUAACUGAAGAGACGCGGGUAUACAUGAUCCAAGCCAUCCAAGCCAGACUGCCACAGCAUGAGGCUCAAGGGCUUGACGUCAACUUCCCCUCCCUACGACAUCUCGAUACAUACAUGCAAUUGUAUUUUGAGCAUUUUCAUCAGCGGAUGCCUUUGUUGCACGUUCCGACCUUCAAGGCGUCCCCGGAGACAUGGCAGCUAGUUCUCGGUGUAGUUUGCUUUGGUAGUCGGUACUCCCAAGCACACCAACAUCACGAUCAUGUUCAGCUCCUACAGCGAGUGGCCCAACAUAUGCUUCGAGAGCUAUCGAGCGUCAAUGUCUUGAUCUGUGCGCAAUCCCACUUGUUAUUCCAGCAUAGCCUCUGGCUCUCGGGCGAGUGGAGGGUUACGGUCGACGCUCAGUUCCGCCGCAAUACCCUCAUCACUCUUUGUCGCCUAUUGCUAUCUCGAGAGAGUACCCUCAUGCACACGCCUACUCCCACUCAAGACCUGAACCAUGCGUGGUUCCAGUGGAUACAGACCGAAGCGAAACGGCGGCUCGUCCACUUCACCUACAUUUUCGAUUGUCUUUACUCAACAUUCCUUAUGCUUCCUCCUCUGCUCUCACCUACUGAGCUGCAAAUCCCUGUACCUAUUGCAGGUCGGUACUGGUCAUCGACUUGCGAGCAGUGGCACCUUCUCCCUCCAACACAGCCUGCACCAACUCUUUGUGCUUUAGUAUCACGAGUUGGCCUUGGCAAUGUAGCGCCGGCGAGUCCGGAGCGACUGACCAAGUCUGCAAUGCUGCUUUCGGCCUCGUUGCAGCAAGCUGCUGAGAGUGACUUACUGCGAGCUAUGGGGCUCGACUCAGCUAACAACACCGCCAGUCAACUGAGUCCAGCUUUGGGCAUGGUUACAACACUCUCACAGAGAGCCUUCGAUGCUUUGUCACAAGAAGGAUGCUCCCAGGAGUUGCGUGAAACAGACAGUUGCGGUAGCCUGAAUGACUUUGCUUUACUUUCUCGAGUUCUUGCCAUGCUCUCAUUUACGCCAUUAUCACUACUGUUCUCCUAUAACAAAUGGCAGACAACAGACACAGGUCAGAGUAACGCCCGGUCCGAACUUUCAAACAUUAUACUGCAGAAUGUCACCAGAGCAAGACGCUGCUUGUACUACGCAGCGCAGGUCCUUCAACAUUUCCGCAACACCAGACCAGCAACAGUACUUGACAUUAUGGGCUGUUUAGUCUCUGUGCUAUACAUGGUGCUGUACGUGGAUAUCAUCGAGCAACAAGAUCCCGACUCCACUCGACUUGGGGCUGGCGUCGAAACGUCCAGCAUGGAGAUUAUCCGACUCGACCAAGUCGUUGAUGUAGAUCUUCUGAACGACUGGUUACAGGUACGAAAUCAUAAAAGGCCUCAUGUUCCUGGGGUCGGUUUCCUACAUCAUGGUGGUAGCAUUCUUCGUUUAUAUAAAGAAGGGUCGCGGAUUAUGGAAAGCGGGUCUUGUAUCUCCAGAAUGGCCAAGGUGAUAUCAAACAUUCUCGCGUCACAAGCCAAAGGUCGUCCUCCAACCGAUAAGACGUUUAGAGAGCUCUGA